GGGUGGGAACAUGUGAAAACGUGAUUAUGCAAAUCUACAAGAUUGAUUUACGUUAUCUCGUGGUGGUCAGCCUAGACUCAGAGUCUGCCGUACCGUGCUACCACUUAUCACGUACUUAGGUAGUUCAUUACCCAAAACAGCCGGUCAGCUAAGACUUAACUGCAUUGUCAUAUCCAGUACAUCUGAGCUAUCACGGAGCGUGCUGCGAAACAAGCUGAUACCCACUUCUCUCUUUAACUCUCCGGGGUUGGCUGGUUAAGGUCGAUCAAAUACCGUGGCAAUGGGUCAUUAGUAUAUCUAGAGGUUCAUAGGCCAAAAACGCAACUUAUUGUCACAUUCAACUAACUCGGCGGUUGCAUCGGCUGGUUGCUUUGCAUUUCAGUAUUGCUUCUUUCCAACCCAUCGGGUCGUCAUGUACGGUAUCAUUGCCUUCAACAAAGGUGAGAAGUCACCUUCAACCGAGUUCCGCGCCGAACUCGGUAGAUAUGGAAGAGGUCUGGCAUGCAAAGAAUGCCGUAUUUCCCGAGUGAGGUGCAGCGGGAAGCUCGACGGAAAGAAUUGUGAUCGAUGCAAACGCCUUGCAAAGCCCUGUCUAUAUACCAACAACCAAAACCAACGACAUACUCGCGCCAACUCUUCUGUGGACGUCGGCGGCCGCAAGAGUAGAACCUCAACCAGAGCCCCAUCCCCAGAACAAGCGAGCUUAGAGAAUAGCUCAUCGGAAUCGUCGGCGCCUUCUCCGCCAGAUCAGAAAAGCAGCGACGAAUCCCAAUUUGUCACAGACGAGUUCGUUGCCGACGACAAUCUCGGGCUCGACUUCGAUGGAUGGUUACAACUACAGAAUUCUCCCACCAUAACAGAAGCUCUCGGGUCACAUAUAGACGUAGUGGCCACUUCACCACACACAGAGCUACCAGAGCCAUUAUAUCUCCCGCCAUUACAGGUCGAAGGGUUGGGGGACGAUGAAAAAAUGUGCGAUGGUAGCGAAGGUCGCUCUCCCAAGUCAAGGGACAGCGGGAUUGGGGAGGACAGUGUAAUGGGCCACGACCUCCCUACAUCCAUAUCCAUGCCAGACCUUCACGCUAUGCAAGACAUGCAAGAUAUGCAAGACCUGAUGCCCGAUACCUGGGGAUCCGGCUGGGGGACUCCGAGUCAAUGCAAGUGUUUACAGGCGAUGACAUCUUCCAUAUCCAUCCUCCGAAGUUGGACAUGGGGCGGAGAGUGUGUGUUGGGUUCUGGAACAAGACCUGACGGGCUUUCAUUUAACUGUGUCAAGGUCGAGGACUUCUUGGCUGUCUUCGAGAAAUCAAUGACCCACUUGAUAAUGGCGGAGAAUUGUCCGUUAGCCUGCACUCUCUCCCACGAUUUGGCCGUUCUCCUCUUGCUUGUCGUAGAGCAGCUCUCAAAGAUGCUACUGAGCAUCGCCGCAGACUUGGCAGGAGGAGGAGGAUCCAGUAAACCAUCCCACCUUACUAUGUCCGCAGUGUCGACACCCUGUUUUAUCGGGAAUAAGAUGGCUGCAAACCUCGCUUCGCAGCAGGGACAGGAUACUCGAUUUGCCAGAAUCGGCACAUUCGAAAUCAUGGACCCAUUAGAUCAGCAAAUGAUUAUGAAGCUGCUAUUGCAGAUCAGGACACAAGCUCUUGACGCAUAUGUGCGCAGGUGGAGUGACAAGGUUAGGAACUAUGGUUUACAUGACCUCGAGGUCGACCUUAAGAAAAUUAGGGCAGACUUGAGCAGAGUGGUUUUCCUGGAUAAUGUCGGAGAGUCUAGCACAGUCUCCCAGGCUGCUCAGUUAGCCCACUCGAUACAAACUCCUAGAUAGAAUGACUAUCUAUAUCCCAGAUUGACUACAUCUGGUCAUGAAUGAAGGCUAACUAGACCUAGAAGAAUUUAGAGGCAGCUAUUCUCACUAGAUUCAUUUCCCAGGAGAACAGCAAAUAUUUACAUACGUAUAGGAUUGGUGGCUAGCACUUUUUUUUUUUUGGACGGCGAACAUUUCAUUCUUCAUUGACGAGGCAAAUGAGGAUAGGAGGCAGUAUAAGGUUAUAAGCUGUAUAUUAAUUUCCUACAUACCUACAUGGGCAGUCAAACUGCCAUGUGGUUGGUCAUUUGGUAUAUGGACAUGUAUUAGUAGGAGGUUAUAUCUAUCUUGACGGCGCCUUUAUGAG